GUCAUCAACAAGAGAUGGCGCCUCGAUGGCCUCAUCGGCCAAGGAGGCUUCGGCAGCGUCUACAUCGCAACCGACCUCCAAACAAACCAAAUCGUCGCCGUCAAACUCCAAAACCUCCCCCCAGGUAGUACAUCCUCGCCCUCCCAAAUGGACAACCUCGAAAGCGAAUCCUUCUACUACACCCUCCUCCGCAACAACCCAGGCAUCGCAACCCACCACGAGAACGGCCGCCAAGAGAAAAUAGGGCGUCAAGCGGCCCACGAGUUCAUGGUCUACGAGCUCCUCGGUCCCUCCCUCCAGACCCUCUUCUACCGCUGCGGGAAGAAAUUCUCGCUCAAGACAACGCUUAUGUUAGCCGACCAGUUGCUGGAGCGUCUUGAGUUGUUUGACUCGCACAAAAUUGUGCAUAGGGACAUUAAGCCGGACAAUUUCGUCAUGGGCUUUGGUAAGGAGAAUGGGAAGAUGGUUUAUAUCCUGGACCUUGGUCUAGUGGGUGAGUAUACGAAGGACGAGGAGGUUGUUGUUGCGCCUAGUUAUGCGUUUUGUGGCACUUAUUAUUGGGCACCUAUAGCAGCUCACCUGAACCGCUCUCAAUCCCCCAAAGACGACCUCGAAUCCCUCGCCUACAUGCUCAUCUACUUCGCCAGCGGCUCCCUCCCCUGGCAAGGCUACGCCAACGAAAAAGAAAACACAGCCCUCUUGGAUCAGCGCGUCACCCGCCUCAAGCUCGGCCUCCCAAUCAAGCAGGUCUGCAAAGGCCUGCCCUCCCCAUUCGCCCGACACCUCAUGUACGCCCGCUCGGCUAGGUACAACCACAAGCCCAAGUAUGCCGAGCUGAGGGCAAUGUACAGGAGGUUGAUGAAGCGUCUGGGAUAUAAGUACGAUGGCGUCUAUGACUGGGAU